AUGAUCUCCACGGCUGGGGGCUUGCAGGCAAAAUACCGAUACGGGAACGCCAAGAUUUGGCUGGCAGCUCGUAGCCAGUCCAAAACCCAAGCUGUCAUCGACGAGAUCAAGGCUGCGCAUUCGGGAUCCAGCGGAGACAUGAUAUUUCUGAAGUGCGAGCUCGAUGACUUGGCUACUAUCAUCGCAACUGUCCAGGAGUCACUCUCUCGGGAGAAUCGGCUUGACGUGCUGUGGAACAACGCUGGCUCGGAGACAGUGCAGGGUUACGAGCUACAACUGAGGAUAAACAACAUUGCUCGCCAUCUUCUAACGAACAAGUAUUCAAGAAGCAAGGCGGAGAAUUUUCGUCAGGCAGCAGAAUAUGCUCGCCGAGUAAUGACAAGCGGAAUCAUAAGCUUGUCUUUGAACCCCGGCAACUUUGUUAACAACCUUCAGCAGAACAUGUCGAAAGUCCAGUUGGCAGCGUUUACACUCAUUUCGCACCCACCAAAGAACGGUGCCUACACGCAGCUGUUUGCUGGGCUUGACCAGUCCAUUACUAUGGAAUACAGCGGUGGGUGGGAUCUCUUGGACCCUGAGUUGGGUGGCCAAUAUUAGGAAUGGUGUGGCGCUCAGAUUCAGCCUCACCUGGGUACUUUGUGAGAAAGACAAAAUGGUUCCGAACACUUUCAUAAAGCACAGCCCUAUGGGCUUGGGUGGAGUUGGGCGAAGCUGUUAAGCGGAAUGUCUUUACUAUGGGUUUCCCAUGUGGGAUCCCGGCUAUUGCCGUCGUUUGUUGAUGUUGUUGUUGUUUGUGCAUUGAAUCGGGAUAAGAAAGCAUCGGGGGCAUUAGAAAUGAAGAAUAGAACAGGGAUCGAUGCAAUUUGUAUUUGGUGAAGCGUGUGCUGUCCGGGGUUUAGCACAUAUUUUGGCGGCGAGAGCAAGCCAACAGAAUUGAGGUCUUGCCACCAAUGUCUCAACUCUUCCGAACGGGACGUCAUUGCGAAAAAGCGGCUGAAAAUCUCCGAAAGUUCAAUAAGAUGUUGUGCGUUCUGGAGGAACUGUCAGCCGGAUUUAAGGAUUUUGCAGCUGGCAUU